AUGUCGGAAUGUGGAUUGAGUCCACAUAGGAUUCGAGGACAGGCCUAUGAUGGAGCUAGUAACAUUAGAGGUGCAUUUAAUGGAUUGAAGACCUUGAUUAUGAAAGAAGUGCAAUCCACACAUUAUAUUCAUUGUUUUGCUCAACAGUUACAAUUAGCGCUUGUGUUUGUUGUGAAAAAUCAUGCUGACAUUAAUGACUUUUUUGAUUUGAUUUCUCGUUUGUUAAAUGUGAUUGAAUCUUCUUAUAAACGCCUAGACAAGUUAAGAGAGACUCAAACAACAAAAUUGGUGGAAGCACUUGCUACAGUUUCUAAUGUUGAUGUAUUUGUUGCGGUCAUAGAUAUGCAAUCUCAGGAGCUCAACAAUCGGUUUAAAGAAGUAAACACGUCAUUACUUGUUUCUAUGGCUUCUUUGUGUUCAAGAAAGUAUUUCAAAGCAUUUAAUGUGGAAGAAUUGCUCAAAAUGGCUAAAUUUUAUCCUAGCGAGUUCUCGGAACAUGAGCUUGGAGCACUUAAAGCAAACCUGCAAAAUUACAUUAUAGAUGUACAUGGAGAUCCAAGGUUUAAUAAAUUGAAAGGAAUUGGAAACUUGGCAAAGAUGAUGAUUGAAACAAACAAGCAUACAAUAUAUCCAAUGAAAUAUCUUCUACUAAAAUUAACAUUGAUUUUGCCGGUUGCAACAUCCACCAUAGAACCAACAUUUUCAACAAUGAAGUUGAUAAAGAACGAUUUGCGCAAUAAGAUGAGUGAUCAAUUUAUGAAUGAUUGUCUAGUGUCAUAUGGUGAGAAAGAUGUGUUAGAUAGUAUUAAUAACAAUGCAAUUAUAGAUUAUUUUAGAAAUAUGAAACCUCGUCGUGAAUAA